AUGAAAAAUAAUUUUCAAAAUGAACAUUUUAAAGAAGGCAAUUACAUUAAAGCUUGGAUCAAAAAAUCGGAAAAUCCUGAAUUAUAUAAAGAUUUUAAUGAUUUAGAGGAUGAAUCUUGUACAAAUGAAUUUAUAAAAGUUGUUGAUUUUAAUAAUUUUAAUAGUAAUUUUAUAAAUACAAUAAUGAACGAACAUUCACCUGAAAGAAUAAACAAAAAUAAAAAAAGAAAAGCAUAUUGCUUAUUUUAUAAUAGUGAAAUUGAGUCAGAAAAUAAUAGCUAUAAUGAUGAGCAUAAAAAUUAUAAUAAUAUAUAUUCAUCUUAUGAAGAUACUGAAAUAAAAUAUUUUAAACCUUUAGAUAAAACACCAUCUUGUGAUAUGAAAGACAGACAAAUAAUUUAUUAUAAAGAUGAAAAUUCGUCAAUUAAAAAAUUGAAAAGAGAAAAUUCUUGUUCAGAAAAUAAUUAUGACAUUUUUUGUAAUAAUAUAGUGGAUUCUUCUCCAUAUUUAAAAUUAAAACAAUGUACUAAACCAAGUUAUGGAAGUGAAAGUACUAGUGAAUUUUUUAAAAAUUAUGAAUUUGAAACUCCAAUCAAAGUUUUAAGAUCAAAGGAAAAAAAUUAUGACUUUAAAAAUAAAAAAGAUAGCUCUACUAAUACAACUAAAGAAAAUUCUUAUCAAGAAAAUGUUUCUUCAAAUAAUAGUGAAACUAAGAGAACAAUCAAUUUUUCUAAUAAAACAGAAGAUUUCAACGAUUUGCAAUCCAAUUCAGAUAAUGAAUAUUUAACAUCUUCUGAAUAUGUAGAUGAGGAAGAUUUAUCGAGAUAUAGACGCAAAAAACAAAGUGAAGUUAAUUUCCUAGGACAAAAAUUAGAUUAUAAAGUAGUUGGAAAUGUUAUAAAUUGUUCAAAAAAUCAUCCACGUUUUACUAUGUUAUAA